CAUUUCCCGUCCGAACGAAUUCCCAAAACGAUUCGCUUAUUCGCAAACGAAGCGUCGCGGCGUCAGGUACUCCCGAGGGUUCCUGCUCGAAAAGUGAUAGCUCUAACUAGUAGUAGUGGUCUCAUUUAUUAUUUAUUUAUUUAUAUUAGUUUUGUGAGGAUUAUUUGAUAUCAAUCAAUAGUUAUUGUUUGGAGAGAUGGCGUCCACGACGAAAACUUCGAAGUAUUCUUACAGAUCGACCGGCGGAGGAAACGCUGAUGUCAGCAUCGAGUACAGUGCUGAUCUCAGUGCCCUCACCAGAUUGGAGGAUAAAAUUCGUCUUUUACACGAUGACCUCGAAUCCGAAAGGGAACUCCGUGCCAGGAUCGAGCGCGAGAAGGCAGAUUUGAGUGUACAAGUCAUUCAACUGUCAGAAAGGUUAGAAGAGGCCGAAGGAGGUGCCGAAAGCCAGUUUGAAAUUAAUCGCAAACGCGACACCGAAUUGACCAAGUUGCGUAAAUUGUUAGAAGAUGUCCAUUUGGAGUCCGAAGAAACUGCACAUUUAUUGAAGAAAAAGCACCAGGAAAUCAUCGCCGAUUACCAGGAUCAAAUCGAUCAGCUCACCAAAGCCAGAGCAAGCAAACAGACCAGCUUGGAAAUCGAGCAAUUGAACAUGCGCGUUGCCGAGGCUGAAACCAAAUUGAAGACCGAAGUCCAACGCAUCAAGAAGAAGCUCCAGAUCCAAAUCACCGAAUUGGAAUUGUCUUUGGACGUUGCCAAUAAGACUAACAUCGAUUUGCAGAAGACCAUCAAGAAGCAAUCAUUGCAGUUGACCGAGAUCCAGGCCGCCUACGAUGACGUCCAACGCCAAUUGCAAGUGACCUUAGACCAAUUGUCUGUCUCCCAGAGACGCGUCCAAUCUUUGACUGCUGAAGUCGAGGAAGUGCGCAGCAACUACGAAUCUUUGUCGCGCGCCAAACGCCAAGUCGAACAGCAGUACGAGGAGAGCGUCGCCCGCAUUAACGAGUUGACGGUAAUCAACGUCAAUUUGGCCAGUUCCAAGAGCAAAAUCGAGCAGGAAUUGUCGACUUUGAGCGGAGACUACGAGCAGGUUACCCAGGAAUUGAGAGUUAGCGACGAGAGGUACCAGCGCGUCCAGGUCGAUCUGAAAUCUACGGUCGAGAUGCUGCACGAGGAACAGGAGAGGAUUGUCAAGAUCGAGGCCAUCAAGAAGAGCUUGGAGAUCGAAAUCAAGAAUUUGACUGUCCGUUUGGAAGAAGUAGAAGUGAAUGCUUUGGCUGGAAGCAGACGUGCCAUCAGCAAAUUGGAAGCCCGUAUGCGCGAUUUGGAAUUGGAAUUGGACGAAGAGAAGAGGAGGCAUGCCGAGACCAUCAAGAUCCUGAGAAAGAAGGAACGCACCGUUAAGGAGGUGAUGAUCCAAUGCGAGGAAGACCAAAAGAACAUUGCCUUGUUGCAAGACUCCUUGGACAAGACCACACAGAAAUUGAACAUCUACAAGAGGCAAUUGCAGGAACAGGAGGGCGUUUCCCAGCAGAGCGUGACCCGCGUGCGCCGUUUCCAGCGCGAAUUGGAGGCCGCCGAAGACCGCGCCGACACCGCCGAGAGCAACUUGACCUUGAUCAGGGCCAAGCACCGCACUUUCGUCACAACAUCAUCGGUGCCCGGAUCCCAGGUCUAUCUUGUCCAGGACACAACCACACAAUAAACACACAAAACUAAACAAACAGCAGCAGGAGCAGGAAGAAAAAAAUACUAUGAAAAUAAUACAAAAAAAUAUUAACGGAGAGAAAGGUCUCGAGGUUGAGGUAUCAUCAUUAUCAUAAAUUUAUUAUUAUUAACGACAUAUGAUUUAAUAUUAUACUGUAUUGUAACGCUAACACAAAUGUAUAAUGUUAAAUACACGACAAUUUGUGGCAA